AGGCUCGAGUACUUCUUCUCUGACCCGGAGUUCACGGACGCGCUGCGAAGUUUCUUCGAGGAGAAUCAAGAAAAGUUUCAGUUCGUCGACGUAGGGAUGGAGCAGCCAAUCUCGAACUACGAUCUCUACCUCAAGUACACCAAGAGGAUCGAGGACCUGCUGGAAGACUUCCUUGCCAAGAACCAAGUCACGCACGAGGACAUCAUAAACAUCUGCAUGGAAGCAGAGAAGCUGGAGGGCAACGCCAGCAGCUACUGCCUGGACUACAUAAUCGCGUCCACAGAGUAUGAGGCGUUUAUUCAGGUG